CUUUUUCCCAACCCAAACUCAUUAGUUCAUCUAAAGAUCAUUUCCUAAACCAAAACAUAUAAUAUCAAUUAUCAAGCAUGGCAAGUAUAGAGAUGGAUCAAGAGAGACUAACCGCAGAGAUGGCAUUCAAGGAUGAUUCAUCUUCCAUUGUGAUCAAAAUCCGGAGGAAAUUGCCAGACUUCUUGCAAUCAGUCAAACUCAAGUAUGUCAAACUUGGUCUUGGUUAUGGCUACUCUUGUAACCUAACAACCUGGAUCAUACUUCUAGUCACACCCAUCUUGCUGCUACAACUUUCCUGCUUAUAUGAUCGAAUAUCAAGUUUAUGUAUUGGUCAGACAGCUCUCUUGUUGGAUUCAACCACAGGCCUAGCUGCAUUAGCAGGUUUGGUUAUGUUGAUGGGUCUUCUAUGGUCUCAGAAGCCAAGAUCAAUCUACCUUGUAGAUUUCGCCUGUUACAAGCCGGAAAACGACCGGAAAAUAACCGUCGAUUCAUUCGUCAAGAUGACGGAAAACCUAGGUGGAUUCUCCGACGAAACGGUUCAGUUCCAGAGUAGAAUCUCGUCAAGGUCUGGAUUAGGUGAUGAAACGUAUCUUCCUAAAGCAAUCACUUCAGAUCCUCCAAAUCUCUGUUUAAAGGAAGCACGAUUGGAAGCGGAAGCCGUCAUGUUCGGCGCACUCGAUGCGUUGUUUGAGAAAACCGGAAUUAAGCCAGAGGAAAUCGGUAUACUGAUCGUGAAUUGCAGUUUGUUCUGUCCUACUCCUUCGCUUUCAUCCAUGAUCGUUAACCAUUACAAACUGAGAUCAGAUAUCAAGAGUUACAAUCUCGGUGGUAUGGGAUGCAGUGCGGGAUUAAUCUCAAUCGACAUGGCGAAAGAUUUACUAAAAGCAAACCCUAACUCAUACGCAGUAGUAGUCAGCACCGAAAACAUAACAUUAAACUGGUAUUUCGGUAAUGACAGAUCAAUGCUACUAUGUAAUUGCAUAUUCAGAAUGGGAGGUGCAGCAGUUCUACUAUCAAACAAAUCAUCAGACAAAUCCAGAUCUAAAUAUUCACUAAUCCAUACAGUACGUACACAUAAAGGCGCCGAUCCAAACAGUUACAACUGCGUUUACCAAAAGGAAGACGAUGAAGGUACAGUAGGUGUAUCAUUAGCACGUGAAUUAAUGGCGGUUGCAGGUGAUGCAUUAAAGACGAACAUAACAACAUUAGGACCACUAGUUCUACCAUUUUCAGAACAAUUAAUGUUCUUCAUAACAUUAAUGCGUAAGAAACUGAAUAGCAGAUCAAGAACAAAGAAGAUUAAGCCAUACAUACCUGAUUUCAAAUUAGCUUUUGAACAUUUCUGUAUUCACGCCGGUGGACGAGCUGUUCUUGAUGAAAUCCAGAAGAAUCUUCAAUUGACGGAAUGGCAUAUGGAACCGUCGAGAAUGACUUUACAUCGAUUUGGUAAUACUUCGAGUAGUUCGUUAUGGUAUGAGCUGGCGUACACGGAAGCUAAGGGUCGGGUUUCGAGAGGGGAUCGGGUAUGGCAAAUUGCUUUUGGGUCGGGUUUUAAAUGUAAUAGUGCGGUUUGGCGGGCGUUAAGGCCGAUUGUUUCGAAUGAAUUGAAAGGUAACCCGUGGGAUGAUUCGGUUCAUAGGUACCCGGUUAAGGUUCCUACUGCCACGUCAUAGUUUUUUUUUUUUUUUUUUUUAGAAGAAUCAAUUGUAAUAACUAAAUACGGGGUUUUAUGAAUGUUUUUAUGGUUAUUUAUUUUAAAUUUAUUUUAUGUUAUUCGUACUGUUUUAAUAAAUGUUUGUAUAUUUUUAUA